GCAGUAGUAACACAAACAGGCAGCCGGAUGACAGAAAGAGAAAAGAGUGAGUACCACAGCAACUAUAUUGAGGCUAUUUCUACUAAAUGUUCCUUUACUACUGUGUUAUACUCUCACUCACACUUCUGUGCGUAACGCUGGAUAUUAACUACCUUUUAACUAUUCGUUCAAAAAGGAUUUUGUUCUGAAACUUGCCACCGGAAGUCCUGUUGAACGUUGUAGUUCGUUGCUAACCUGUUGCUAGGCUGUUGCUAACGUGUUGCUAACCCGGUAACCCGGGGAGAGCGCCACAUGGAGGCGGUGCUGAAGAACCUGGCGAGCACUGCGGAGCUGCUGGCCGUGGCCGGUCACAGCGGUGUCGUGGAUCAGUGGGAUAAACAGACUCUCUCCAGAGCUUUUGACUGGGCCCGCUACUGCGAACACCUCUUCUCCAGGUUUCACAACAACCCCUCGAUACGGAGCAUCAUGGAGAAGCAGCUGCAGCUCACUAAUCAAAGUCUGCGAGCUGCUUUCCCUGGAUACACAGGCGUCUCCUUCACUGACCUCUCCAGGUGUCAGCACCUGUUGCUGGUUGGGCUCUUGAACAACCCUGAGCUGCCCAUCUCCAUCAUGAAGACACUCUUUGACACCACCAGUCUUGUUGACACCACACAGACAGGGCAUCAGGAUGUUACAGGCUUCUGCAGUCACAUCAUUCAAUGCAGAUCUGCCUGUAAAGUCCUGAGUCCUCUCACAGACCUGUCAGCUGGUGUUGGUGCUGAUGCUGAGGUGCAGGGGGUGAUGCUGAUGGAGAGGCUGGAUGCUCUGCUGAGCCAAGCCAGCCAACCUAGCCAACCUGAGCACAUUUUAGACUCUGUCCUCCAGGGAUGUGAAGGAGCAGUAGGACAUUUCUGUCUGGUCAUCGCUGCGGCUCUGCUGACGACGAAGAACUCACAAACUGCUUCACAGGAUUUUCUCUUGGACUGGCUGCAGAGAGAACAGCGUGUGCUGCAGCACAUGUGUUCUUCGCUGCCUGCUACACUUAUUAUAGACUUGGCCAAACAACACCGGAAAUUUAGAGAUGCUUACUGUGAUGUGCUGAAAAAGUGGGCCUCUGAUAUGGAGUACAGCAUGAGCGAGGGUGAAUGGGUUCAAACCACCAGCACAGACCGAAGAACAGUGUCCUUCCAGAGACUGACUGAGUACUUUGUGGCCUUGUUUGAGGCCUGUCCCUCUCUGAGGGGGGACGUAGAAAAAGAGCUUAAUGCUUUGAAAGUGUCUGAUGGGGACUUUGAUGUCAGAGGUCUGAGUGUGUGGGGAGACCUCCUGUCAGCAUUAAACAAGUGACUGUCGGUCUUGUGUGUUUCUUUACAGCUGGAAGAGAUGCCGAAAUGUUGCCAUAUAUACAGUAUAUAUCUGUUUAUAUCUUUAUGCAAUGGUUGACUAAGGUAUUAAACCUCAAUACUUCAUGAUACCAAA